AUGCAGUACCAGCCGGCGGCCAGGCCCGUGCCCCUGUACGCACCGACCCCGGUUCAGCCCGCGCAACCUACACCGUUUUACAUUGAAGAUAUUCUGGGCAGAAGUGAUGGCACCCCGAGCGCGUGCUCUCCGCUUGCCCCCGCGACAGCACCUGUCCACGCACCGGCUUUACCCUCAGCGAACUCAUCAUUCACCAGCUGGGUGUCGCCUUACAGGAGCACUGUGUACGAGCCGACACCAAUCCACCCACAACAGAGCCCGCACCAGCACCCGCACCACCAUCACCACCACGCCGCGCUCGCCGCAGCCGCCGCAGCCGCAUAUGGAAAUCCGCUAUACCCGUUACACCGCGCAUUGCUCGGAGACUACACACACGCGCUCAUCAGACACGACCCGCUCGGUAAACCCUUACUGUGGACUCCGUUCAUUCAGCGUCCUCUGCACAAGCGGAAAGGAGGACAGGUGCGCUUCUCCAAUGAUCAGACUGUAGAGCUGGAGAAAAAGUUCGAGACACAGAAAUAUCUCUCACCACCGGAAAGAAAACGACUGGCCAAGAUGCUCCAGCUGAGUGAGAGACAGGUAAAAACGUGGUUUCAGAACCGCAGAGCUAAAUGGAGGCGACUGAAACAGGAGAACCCUCAGGGCUCUAAGCGCGACCUGGAGAGCGAGCACGCGGACAGAACCUGUGCUCUCGAGGAACCCCGCUCCUCAGACCUGCGGCCAGCGCGCUCCUCCUCUUCCUCCUCUUCACCGUCCUCACGCGCGUUGCUUGAGUCGGAGGUUUCAGACGAUUCAGACAGAGAGCUGGACAUUGAGGAUGACGCGGACAUCUCACUGAGUCCUCCGUUAUGAGGACGACACAGUAAACACGGGACAAGCGGACUUUUAUUUAUCUACGGUUCAGCAGCGUCUGGACUUCUACAUUGUAAAUAGUAAAAAUGAAACUUUUCCGUGUCAUAACUUUUGUCAGAUUAGACUCUCCAGUGUUGCUCACAUCACACACACAUACAUACACACACACACACACACACACACACACACACACACACACACACACACACACACACACACACACACACACACACUAGGUUCUCUAGGCACUCCUUUAUUUACACUCAUAAUUUUUCUUUUUAUCGUAAAAAUCAGAUGUUUCCACUCAAUUUUGCGUUUGUUUAAUGUGGAACAUGCCUUCCCCCGACAGUGAAUAUUCUCUUUAGUGUCUGAUAGUUUCUUUGCUACAUCAUAUAACCUAUCAUUCAUCACAGAAAGGUCUUCUCUCCAUGAGCACUACAAGCUUGACAGAUUCUUGUGACCCAUCACAUUUAAAAA